AUGAAUUGUGUACAAUAUUAUGAGCAGCCUCCUAGUUAUGAAAAGUUCCUUCAUCAUCAUCUGAUUCCAAAUCUACCAGCCCUUAUUGGACCAUCACUAACAGCUGAAUGGGAGGCAACAAAGUCAUGGGUUACUGUUGAACAAGAUAAAAGUGAUUCCAAUCGUUCUAGACGCAUUCCAAACUAUGAACAUCUCCGAACUAUCUAUGGAUCCUGCAAGGUACAAGUAGCCGACUGCAAUGACCGGUACUUUACAGAUCAGAAGCGAAGUGAGAUGACCUUUGAUGACUUUGUUGAUCUGUGGCAGAAAGAUACUGGUAAAUCUCGAUUCUAUCUAAAGGAUUGGCAUUUUGUACAAGCACGCCCCGAGAUAAAAGCAUAUGAGGUACCAAAGAUCUUUGAAGAUGACUGGCUAAAUGGAUAUUGGGUUGGCAGGAAAAUGGCCGAUGGUUCUGAGGAUGACUACAGAUUUUCUUAUAUGGGAGGUGAUGGCACAUUUACCCCCUUUCAUGCCGACGUCUACAGGUCUUAUUCUUGGUCAAGUAACAUUUGUGGUGUCAAAAAGUGGACACUCUUUAGACCUGGACAAGAACAUCUUUACAAGAACAAGCGUGGAGAUCUUGUGUAUGAUAUCCGCAAUGUUGAUCCACUAGAGUUUCCUGAUUUCGAAAGGGCAGAGCGGAUAGUCCUUUAUCAAAAAGCCGGAGAGACGCUGUUUGUACCAAGUGGAUGGUUUCAUCAGGUAGAAAAUCUGGGACCUACUAUUUCAAUCAAUCACAAUUGGACAAACUCUACAAAUGUCGAAAAGACUUUUGAGUCUCUUGCGAAUGACCUUGUGGAUGUGCGACAUGCUAUUGACAAUCUGGAGGAUGAGAUGAGUCCUCUAGAGUUUGUUGAGCAAUGUCAGGAUCUGCUGCAUGUCCACAGUGGCUGGCAUUGGAAGUUGUUUAUUGAGAUUGCCCAGAGCGCUGUGGACAGAGCUGGUGAAGAGAGCCGACCUGGACGUGAAUUCGAAUAUGAAUGUCUGAGGCGGGUUAUUAAAAAGAUGGAAGACAAUGAACCAUUGUUGAUAAAGUACUUUGAGUACAAAUCGCUAGACUGUUUAGAUCAAUUGAAACAUACGAUCAAAUAUGGUUUAUAA